AAAAUAACAUAAGAAUCGCACGCACGAAGCGGGAGGGACCGUGAAUCGGCAAAUCAGGUUUACGACGGCAGAGGCGGCGGCGACAACGACAACGUUGCAAUGGCCGGAAAACAAGUUAGCGGCGAGGGUUUAUCAGCGAACCUGGCUGGAAUGUCGAAGAAUCAACUUUACGAUAUAAUGUCUCAGAUGAAGAAUUUGAUCGAACAGAACCAGCAACAAGCCAAACAGAUCCUCAUCCAAAACCCUAUGUUAACCAAAGCACUUUUCCAGGCGCAAAUCAUGCUUGGAAUGGUGCAGUCGCAACAAGCGGUACCAAAAGUUCAACCAAUAGCUCCUCAAAACAAUCAGCAAUCAGUACAGCCGACACAAAGACCAAGUGUUCAGCCUGCUCCAAUAUUGCCUGCACAAGGUGGCAUACAAGAUCAAGCAGGUGUAUCUCAAACUCAAAUUCCUCCCAGGAAACACCAAAAUCAGCCUUCAGUGCCAGUUUCAUAUGCUGCUGUUCCUGCAACGAGUCAUCAAUCUCAACCCACAGCUGCACAUUCGUUGCAAAUGCCACAACAGCCUAAAGGGCAUCUGACUCCCCAAGUAGCUCCAGCAUCUGUUCCACAAUCAUCACAACUUCCACAUAUACCUCCACCCUCUGUUCAUUCAUCUUCACAGCCACUUCAUCCAACUCAAAUGCCAACUGCCUCGAGUCAGGCGCAUCAACCAUUGCAGACUCCUGGAUUUUCACAUAUGCCUCUGCAACCACCAUUGCCACCACAGCCCAGACCACCUUCAGUGCAAACCUUCCAUCCCCAAUAUCCCCCACCGAUUGGUGCCAAUUUAGGUUUUCAACAUGCUGGUGGUGCUUCUCACAACCUUCCUCCGCCCAUGUUUCAUGCUGGUGCAAAACCUCCUAGUGUUGGAUCUACGUUCCCACCAGGGCAGGCACUACUACCAAGUCAACAAUCAUCUCAGUCAUCUUAUCAGGUUGGAAAUAUACCAUUUGGGUCUGAUUUCAGCAGUCAAGCUGGAAAUGCAAUGCAAAUUGAAAGAGGGUCUUCUUGGAUGCCUGGUCCCUCGGAGAAUCUAGCACAGCAUUCUGGUCCUCAGGGACCAUCAUCUAUGGUUUCUGGUCAGAUCGGUGCUGCUAAUCAGCCUCCUCGGCCUCCUGCGUUGACACCAGAUAUGGAGAAGGCAUUGCUUCAGCAGGUCAUGAGUCUCACACCGGAGCAGAUAAAUCUCCUACCUCCGGAACAAAGAAAUCAAGUGCUGCAACUGCAGCUGAUGUUGCGUAAAUGAUGCAGCAUGUAAAGACACUGAAUCUCCUAAUCCUUUCAAUUUGGUGUAGAUUCUUCUAUUAUUGAUGCCCAAAGUGGUUGUAUGUGAUGAAGUUUUGUAGAAGGUGAUACAAAAAUUGUGUAAUAAAUUGUAACUAUACUAGUCUUUCUAGAUGUUGACUGCAAUUAAAUCACAGGUUGUAAUUUUUAUGAACAAAAAUUUAGAUUAGAGGGGACUUCCUCAUACAAA